CAUUGGGGACACUGGGGACAAUGAGCACCUACCAUGGGGACAGUGACCUGCAGCUGGACAGGAUCAGCGUCUACUACAACGAGGCCACCGGUGGUAAAUACGUGCCCCGGGCCAUCCUGGUGGAUCUGGAGCCCGGCACCAUGGACUCGGUGCGCUCCGGACCCUUCGGACAAAUCUUCCGACCCGACAACUUCGUGUUCGGCCAAAGUGGCGCGGGCAACAACUGGGCCAAGGGUCACUACACAGAGGGCGCCGAGCUGGUGGACUCAGUCCUGGACGUCGUCCUCGUGGAGUGGAUCCCCAACAACGUGAAAACGGCCGUGUGCGACAUCCCCCCGCGCGGGCUCAAGAUGGCCGUCACCUUCAUCGGGAACAGCACGGCCAUCCAGGAGCUGUUCAARCGCAUCUCGGAGCAGUUCACCGCCAUGUUCCGCAGAAAGGCGUUCCUCCAUUGGUACACGGGAGAGGGCAUGGAUGAGAUGGAGUUCACCGAGGCCGAGAGCAACAUGAACGACCUGGUGUCCGAGUACCAGCAGUACCAGGAUGCUACGGCUGAGGAGGAGGAGGAUUUCGGGGAGGAGGCUGAAGAGGAGGCCUGAGGGUGGUCAGCGGUGUCCAUUUGUCCAUUUGUCCAUCAGUGUUGUCCUUCAUCGUCAUCCGUGGUGGCAGCGGAGUCCCCGACCCUCAGCUUUAUCCUCAAAGUCGCCAAAUUUUCGUCAUGGUCAUCGCUGAAGAACCCCAAAAUUGGUCAUCGUGGUCAGUCCUGAAGAGUCUCAAAUAUUGGUUAUGGUCAGUCCUUGACCAUCAUCAUGGUCAUCAUAGAAGAAUCCCAGCAUUGGUCAUCAUGGUCAUCCUUGAAGAAUCCCAGCAUUGGUCAUCGUGGUCAGUCCUUGAAAAGUCCCAAAUCUUGGUGAUGGUCAGUCCUGGACUUCUGUUGUGGUCAUCACUGAAGAACCCCAACAUUGGUCAUCAUGGUCACUCCAUGAAAAGUCUCAAA